CACAAAUCAUGUAUAACGACCACAAAUCUUAGCAGGAAGCAAGUGUGCAUUUGUUUUCCAAAGAGAAAAAUUGACACGAGCUCGUGCAAAUCGAUGUGCUGCUAUUAAUUUCAUCUUAUUGAUUUAUUUUACAACAAGAAGAACUUACUAAAGAAUAGGUAAGUACGUGGUUACUAGAUUUAAAACAAGACGAACGACGAAUAGCAGAUCUACAAGAGCUAGCGGAGAAAAGAAGGACGAAGACGAAGAGGAGAGGUCAAAGAGGACUCACUACAAAGCUCAAAAAGUACAUUAACACUUCUACACUGAGUACAUUAACACUUCUACACUGAGUACGUUAACACUUCUACACUGAAUUUUCUGCAGUAGAACACUAGUACCCUUCUACAUGAUGAGGACAAGUCGAAAAAUCAAGUACCUUUUUGCUUCUACUUAACUUCUUAAGAGACGUUCGUUGUUCGGUAGUUAGACUUGUCAAUACUUACUUGGUUGUGCAUGUUGUACAAAUGGUUCUGCAUGUUGUACAAAUUUAGAUGAACUUCAGCAUUGUCCUGUUGUUUUUCAUUACAACGUUGUAGUUGAUUAUCAAAACUCUUGAUUAUCAACAACUACAGGAAACUUUUCCGAAAAAAAUGGAGGCAGCAUACACUGGAUAUCCUGCCACCUCGCGGUGGGAAGAAGACUUCUUAUGAAUGAACUGUAGCCCUUAUCAUGGAUCUUUGGGUGGGAAGAGUAUUCCUUAUUCUAUCCUCUCCGGAGGCGAGCUCACUCUUAUCCUAUCCUAUCCUAUAUUCUUGAAUAGGAAAAGGAACAUUUUUAGCUAUCGAUAUUACAUUUCAUAUUUUGCAUCCGAAUACUACGGGAAUGUGUCCUAUCCGGAAGGAGGUGCUGCGACGGCGUCCUGGUAUUCCUACUCUUCUUAAGGCUCAAUACAAUUUAUUUCUACAAGUCAUUUCUCGCUGCUUCCUUCUACUUAGGAAGUUGAGAUGAAAUGACAUGUCUCAGAGAUGGAAAUGACAUGUCUAUUUAGGAAGUUGAGAUGGAAAGCAAAGACAAGAUGAUUUGCUUGGCGUUCUAAUCUUUGCCUCAGCAACAAGCCUCGUACUACCAUGCUGCCGGCGGUGCCUCGGCCUACGAUCUUUACGGUGCGGGAGGACAACAUCAAACCACUUACAACCAGAUGAUCGCGAAUGCCGGUUAUCAACACAGCUACAACAAUUACGGCAGAUUAUUUUUAUUAAAAUCAAAUCCACUAUCUUCGUCUGGUCUUUCUUUUUUCUAGUUGGGUCGGCUCCACCCCAAUUUAUUACAUCCACUCUCAUGAUCAUCUAACAUUAAGAUGAACAGCUCCAUGAUCAUUGUUAACUGUGUAAAACCUAAACAACUCCUUGUUCUUCACUUGCUGUAAUCUACCUCCUGGUGCAAGAAGUGGUUGUAAACCGAGCAAUCCCAAACUCCUUUGCUUUUGGAACAGUCUCGUCACUGAACAAAGAUCUAGAGGACCCAAGAAGACUAAGAUCUACUGUAGUUAGACGUUGUUAGUUAAGAAGAGGACCCAAGAAGACUCUACUGUAGUUAGACGUUGUUAGCUAAGAACAGUCUCAGUGAACAAAGAUCUAGAGGACCCAAGAAGACUGUAGUUAGACGGUACUUGUACUACUUCAUUCUAAUGUACUAGUGAACAUGAGCACGUCGGGCGUAGACGAUAUUUUUCCAGUGGGCAAGGACAGCAACAUGACAACUACUACCACGAGACUGCGCAGGAGGGUGAGUGCAACAACAACAGCAACAGCAACACGAACACUUCUUACAUUCUGCCGAAAACUGAUUCAUCUGUAGUUAAGGCUAGGCUACAUCGAUCUUCAGGGAACGAACCAAGAUCCAUCGAUGUAGGUGAAGAUGGAUAAUAAUUCGUUCCCUGAAGAUCGAUGUAGCCUAGUUAAGGUGAAGAUGGAUAAUAAUUCGUUCCCUGAUGUUCAUCUGGAAGGAAUUAUUAUCCAUCUUCACCUUAACUAGGCUACAUCGAUCUUCAGGGAACGAAUUAUUAUCCAUCUUCACCUACAUCGAUGGAUCUUCAGGGAACGAAUUAUCCAUUUUCACCUGCUGCUGAAGAUGGAUUUCUCUUAGUUCUAAAUCUAGCACGAUUUCCAAUCAUGCUAGCGACAACGAACACAAGAACAAGCACAUCAAGAUUGAUUCGGCUAAGAACAUGCAACGUGAGAUGUUAAAGAAACGCAUGGAGGAAGGGGAGCUGAAGAACAGCAAGGACAACAACAGCGAUGAAGACGAAACUUCUUUUACGCACACCAUUCAACUUCUACAUGAUUUUACAAGGGUAGGUAUAUCAGAUAGCAUUGUGCAGUAAUAUUCGCUGAACAAGCUGACGGAUAAAACAAGCUGACCGUAGCCAUUUUGGCUCAAGGAUCCCAACGGACCGUUGGGGGAGAGCAUCUCCCCAACGCAAACAGGAAAAUGGUCAAGCGGAGGUCAGCGCUAGUUAGUGCCCUUUUUUUUUUGGCUUGAAAGACGUCACAGAAAGAUCAUACUGUUCUGCUGAUAUACAAUGGGUCACAAUUGUAAUUACUGACGCCUGGAGAUCCAUGCCCCGAUUCUUUUUGCAUACUUGAACAAGCUGACGGAUAAAACAGUGCACUAUCGAAAUUUCCUCUAAGAAUUCCACUCAGAAGGCUUUACGGCAACGAUUGGAAGCCAGCUUACAGCAGACACGUGACAAAUUGGAAUCCGCAGCUGGCACCGAGAGUACAACCGACGCUUCGUUCUUCCCGCCUCUAUUAUGAUAUUAUAAUUGCUGUUCUAGGUAGUUCUUUUUCUUGCUUUUUUAGCAAAAACGAACAAUUAGGACAAGAAUUUCUUGCUUUUUUUAGCAUACUAGAAUCAAGUAGCUUCUGGAACCGGAUCAUCUGGAGACUUUCUUCCCUUUGAUGAUCCUUGUAGAAAGGAGCUACUAAAAGAUCCAUCGUGGAUCAUCGAGAUCGGGUGUCUAACAAAUAUGCUCUCAUGUGUUUUAGACAUGAGGAGUACGAGUACCAAAAGAACAUCGUGCUGUCUAAGUAUUCCCUCAUCUUGAAGAACCUUCAUCUCUAAAUCAAGAAGAACAAGAGACGGACGAGGUUCGUCAACGUUGUGACGAGAGCACUUCCACUUCGAGUCCAACCUCUCGUAGACGCACCAGCGAGAGUGACGCUGGUUCCCGCCAAGAAACACCGGAAGAAGCUUUCCUGAAAUUUCGCACAGAGUCUCAGAUUAUGCACAUCACAACUAUAAGGAGUCUAAGUAGUAGUAGUAUUACAUCAGUUGUUGUUGUAGUAGUAGUAGUAGUUCAACUUCAACUACUUAACUUCAAGAACAAGUACUCACAUCAGUACUAGUUUUAUCUUGGGAAUAUAUGUAUCUUUCGAGGAUUGUAGUACUUCUUGUUGAUGUGUGACUAUAUGUCGUAGCGCAUGUUGUACAUUGGAAGUCACUAACAAGUACAACCACUAAGUCUCUCCUGACUGGUUUUGAGAAACUCAGCGAGUAGAGCUUCAGCAGUUCAUCGGGAUGUAGUUAAUGUGUUUCUUGCUUGUUAACAGAGAUUAAUCAUCUUCUAGGCUAAUAUUGUUCAGUAAUUCACGUUCACGACAGCUGCUGGAAGAUGCAUCAGAAUGACCUUGGACCCUUCUAAUAAGGAGCUUUUAGAGGUGGACGCGGGAGCUCCUGAUACUGAAGAGACGGCAGCCUACCCAUCCUUGCCUACCAACUUAUGGCUAAAAGAACAUCAAGAAGAAAAUAGCCGGCUAAUUACUUUUCUCUCGUUUUAUUCUUCCCUUCAACCAACUACGCUCCUUAGGGGUUGGUCUUGUACUUCAUCUACUUGUUACAACACACCAGCAAGAAUCAAUCUAGCUUUCCUGCAUCAUCAAGCCGCGACGAAGGCCUUUUUAUGGUAGGACUUCGAAAGAUUUCGAAUCUCUAACCUCCAAAAAAGCACCGGAGCAGGAAGAAGAGCAAGAUGUUGAGGCUGAAGAAACUCCGACUGGACGAUCCCGCCAUACGUGGGGCGGCAACCCAGACUCUGAUGAUGAGGAAUACACCACUGAGCAAGAGGCCGACCAUGAGGUUGUGCCGACGAAUGUUAAGGCCGUAGUAGUAGUAGUAGUAGGAGUAGCAGGAGUAGCAGGAGUAGUAGCAGCGUGCCCAGUCUAGAGGUAUAAAAGAGAGCUAUCUGAUUAGGCGUCUUGUAAGAAAUAGAACUGCUCCAACGCACACCGUCACCGUGUGCACUCUCUUAAUAAAUGACAUGUGCCUACUACUAGAUGUAGGAAGUAACCACUCCUGUGAAGAGCAGUUUUUUGAUCGUACUUCAAAAGCAGCAAUAGAACUUUUAGAGAAAUUUCUUCGUUCACUAGAACCUUUUAUGUUCAACGAAUCGACUCGAACUCGAGCAAGUAGUAGCCACUCAAUCUACUACUUAUGUGGAUUAGUAGAAUAGAAUCAAAUAACAAGCUAGAUCAGCGGGUAGAAGUCGUCAAGGAAAUCUUAGGCACAUUGCCGAAGAGCUUCACGCUAUCAGCGGACUAGUCUCUCUCAGACCAUACAUAUUGAUACUCGUCAUAGCGUACCAGCAUCUGCUUCACCAGUGGCCAUUCUUUGCUUCUAAUCUUCGAUCCACUUCUGCGCCUCCUGAAUGGGAGACAGGAUUGGAGGAAACGAAUCAGCCACUCCUUCUGCUGGAACGCAACAUUUUUGGAUCCUCUCCUGUUAAAAAAAGCGUGGUGAAUAAACCUGUUGUUACGAAGCGAUUGUUGUAUUUACUUUGUUUAAGAAACAACGUCAACAUGGGUAAAAAUAUUGAUUUACUCUAGGUACUAACUUGCAUUUACUUACAAGAGUGAUGCUGAUGACCGACGAAACAAUAACAAAACGUGUAGUGGUCUUCCCGAGGACAUUAUGAAGUGUUCUGACCGCAACAAGACACAGAAGGGGAAAAAGAAGACAACGAAAAAAGAGAAGAAAGAACUUGCAAAAGAACAUGCUAAUUAGACAGUCUUCUACACCCCAAGAUUACACAAUAUCUAGCUGAACUUAUCCCCAGAUUGGGUACACUACUACUACUACUAGCUCUAAUAGCAUAUCUCAAGAAGAUAUGCUGGUGACGCUACAUCUAGCUCUAAUAGCAUAUCUCAAGAGAUGGUGACGAAGCCGGCUGCUUUGAUGAACGCUGUUGACACUUACCCAAACAAAGUGGUGAAGUCCCCUCUGCGUCGUGAUGCUAUCACUUCUGGGGUCAAUGGUAUCUAUGCUAACAGUGCUGUUCGUGUUCAUCCACCCAUUCACCCAUUUAUAUUAUUUAAUUGCAUUAUUAAUGAACUUCUAUUUGCACGACUAGCAAAAUAAGUAGUGCUGGUACUAGCAUCAAUGAAAUAAGUAGUAGUAGUAAAUCUUCAGCAUCAAAAUUUUCUUUUAUAGACUUGGUCUUCAACUACAACACCGGGUGUUUCGAUUCCACCAGGCUUGAAGAAGAAGCAAGAGUCGGCUGUGUGCCGUUUUUGGCGUAAAGGGAAUUGUGUCAAGGGCAAAUAUUGCGAGUGGGCUCAUCGUAUGCCGGAUGAAGAACAAACUCCUGCGUACUAUUUUCAGCCUACAGGAGAGUACUGGAAGAAAUAUCUCUCUUGCCCUGUUAGUAGUGCUAGUUCUUUUCUAGUACCUGUUGUAAUUGUUCUUGCUGUUCUUGCUGGCGGAAGUAGAAGUACAACUUCUAUGUAUAAAAAAUUUUAAUUUUUCCUCUUAAUAUUUAUUGAAUGAAGUUACAACAUGAAUAAAACAGGUUGGAAGUGAAGUGUGAUUUUUGGAAGAGUGGUGUUUGCGAACGUGGUGACAACUGUCCGUGGCUGCACGUGGCUCCCGGACGCGUGUCUGAUCCCUUCAGUGAGCAAAAUAACAUGCUGAUUUGCGAAACGGCAACGCCCGCUCUUGGCACCACGAGUACGACUGGCGGUGCAGGAGCCUCCAUGUUGAAGCGCCGCGUGGAUGCGACCACCACCAGCAACUCUGUUGACGGAAAUUUGUUGAAGGUACUACUGCUCGUUGGUUACUACAACUCUGUACUUAUAGUCUUAAUACUUCUAAAGUAAGUACUUGAUUACCUUGUAGUUGUUCACUUCAAAAAUCUUCACAGAGCGAGGUUCGACACCAGAACAAGUACGAGGUGGUCGAAGCCGAACGUUUGCAUGCAUUAUCUGCCGAGAAUGAACACAUGCGUUCCAAAUUGCAGUCGUUGUGGAGUGGAGCACUUGGAUUCCUACUCUGUGCGGUACUCUUUGGCAUUGUUAUGGCGGUUGUACUACAGAGGAAAAAAGAUGAAAUUAUAGGUUAGAAGUAGUAGUUGAACUUGAAGUUGUUGUAGUACUAGUAGAGAAGAAAUAUUCGACGUCGAAGUUGUACUACGAACACGUACACGACCAAAUGAAACAUUCACUAGUUGAACUUGACUGAGGUUGUACUACAACAAAAACAGGCGCUCGUCUGAAACUACAACCUUUAGGAUGAAGUUUUUGUUCAGGAACAAGAAUGUAGAUUCCAGAAAAACUUAAACUAGUUAUAGUAGUACAACAGGUCCCAUGUUGUUGAGAUUCAUGCUUCUAAUAUGAGCUACUUUGUUUUUUCUUCGGCGCGGGGACGCUGAGCAUGAAGUGCCGAGGCUUCGAGUUGAUCGCGGAAAGGAAUGAAACAACGACAUCUUCUGAUAUUCGCGUUGUAUUUACUAGAUUUGAAUUAGGAUUUUUUUGCGCGUCCACACACGAGGCGGUUUAUGUCUCUGAAUUAGAUGAACUACAUAGAACUAGAAGACGAGCGAGAAGUUAUAUAAAUUAUUGUAAUUAUGCUGAGAAAAUUGAAAAAUCUUGGUCUUCUUCGGUUUCAAACAUCAGCCCCCUGGUGUGGUUCCCCAGGAAAAGGAUACGAUCGGAACCAGGGACACCUGCUAGACAAAACACACGCACGCACAUGCUUGAACAGGCGGCACAAUUGAGAAGAGCCCUGAGAAGUGUCAGCCUUGGACUUGGUGGGGCGUCAUCGGGCGCGUUGCCGCGGGGCAGCGGGCCCCAUGAGUGCUUGCGGUUUGCCUGCGGAGGAUAUUUGGGCGCCUGGUAUGGAUGGAAGCGCCUGCGGGCUUAUCUUCAAGCGGAAGGCAUAAGCAGGCCCACGCCGUGGGGGUUUGUUCGCUGGGGUCUGAGGCAUUCUGAUUCAGAGGCAACGCCGGCCCGCGGUGGUGUAGGGCGUAGCCCAAUGGGGCGCGGCGCUGCAAGCAGGUGACGUGACUGCACGCAAGCAAGCGACGCGACGGCACGAGGCCGCCGCCUCGCACCAUCGGGCAGCGUGGGCCCAGGGCUGGGGGGAGAGGAGAGCGCGGCGCCAAAGCGGACGCCUUAGCAUUCAAUACUCGCGCCCGGAACUGCGCACGCCCAGGGCUGGGGGGGAGGCAGGAGAGCGGGGCGCGAAAGUAAGUGGGCGCUGUAACUUUCUAAAUUCAUGCCCUAGCGCUCAAAGCUCACGCAUGGCCUUAAUCUUCAAAAUUCGCACGGACUGCGCACGCCCAGGGCUGGCGGGAGAGGAGAGCGGGGCGCCAAAGUAAGGGGUCGCUGAACUUUCGUGAUUCAUGUCUUACUUAAGCCUAACUUUGGGAUUCAUUUCUUAGCUUUCACAAUUCAUGUCUUAACUUUCAGAGUUCAGCCAUGUCCUAACUUUCUCAAUUCAGACCUUAACUUUCAAAAUUCAUGGCCUAACUUUCAAUAGCCAUGCGCUAACUUUCAAACUUCACGAGUAUAGCAAAACGCUGCGCGUUUUUGCGGUGUUGUCGCCGCGUGUGUUGGUUUUCAAAAUUCAGACUCAAAACUCAAAAUUCAAGAUUCAGAUUCUAAACCAAAAGCCAAAAUUUUAAAAAUUAAUAAAUCAAUACCAAGGCAAAACUUUCCAAGAAAAGAGUUUAAAUUGUAAUGCUGGAAGUAAGGUGCUAGAACUAAGGAAGCUGGACUAGAAGUUGUACUAUUUACAUAAUAAUAUUUGCUGCUGAAGAAGGAUUAUGAAUUCUUUUGACUUCUUCGGUUCUACAUAGAUGAUCAAGGCACCCUCCCAAAGUAGUGUAGUACCCUUGAGCAGUCCUCCUUGGAGUAGGGCUUAUGGUAGUGCUCGCAGAGGGAAGGGGUAGAUCGAUCCAAGAUCCUUAGAGCAUGAAGUGUGAUCUUCAUCUUCAGACUUUUGUACCUACUUACAACAGUGAUGUCCUCUUUUUCUGGAGUUGAUCAGAUGAGUUCUAGUAAUAAAAAUCUGAGAUGAAGAUUAGAUGGUAUUUGUGGUAUUAGUUGUAAUAUGUCGUCUUUGUUGUUCUGAUGUUUGUUCGAAGAACGUGUCUGAGGAGUGAGAUGGCUGUUUAUGUAGUCAGUUGGGGUAGGUAGACUGACUUCCUGCUCGAACAAGGGAGCCCCCCUUUGAGGUGUUUUUUGCCAGUCGGCAAGCCUUGAAGUUGGUAAGCUAUGUUGUUGAAGGAUUUGCUGUAUUUCGUAGAAAUUGAAGUCGUUGAUUCGUUUUCUUUGUACUAUGUCUUGAUGAGAUCGUGUUUUUUUUGAAGAUGAAAACAAGUAGAGAACUUGUAGUUGGCAAUGGUAGACUUUUCUUUUUGUUGUUUUGAGUAAUUUAUUGUGGGUGAUGUUGAUGCACUUCUUUCACUUUCUUCACCAUACAUAGGUAAGAACUUAAGAAAAUAACUUCUUAGUACGUUCAGAAUUUUAAGAAAGUUUUCUGUCAAUCAAUAUGUUGUCUGUCCUAGUUCGUUUCUUCUAAGAAAAAGAUUGAUCCAGAUCGUUGAAAAUCACUAACUUCUAGGUAUCCAUACGAUCGAGUGUAUCCAUUUGCGUUAGCAUUUUUUUAUAGAAGUACAAUUGAAGGUCAGCAGUCAGUGGUCGCUGGUGCGUAACGGAAGAGGCCACCUUCAAAGCUCUCCCCUUUUCCCUUCGUUUUCCCCUGUUCUCUCAAGGGGCCCCCUCUUUGAAGAUCAUGAUGCCGCAAGAAAAGCAUUAAGAUAGAGAAGUGCUGCAUUGAGAUGGAUUCACAUUGGCGUAGUGUCUCCUAGAGAUCACAUGGGUCGGUAACGAACCAAGCGCCUUGAAGAAGAAGAUGGACAAUGUGUUUAAUACAGUAAAUAAAAAGUAAAGUUAGAUGAAAUAAGAUCUAGAUCUAAACCUAGAUUAUGUGUGGAAAUUAUUGUGUUGCUGCAUAUUUUUAAGCAUGUUGACCUAUUACUAUUAUAUAUAGCAGAAUUAUAUAGAAGUAGUUGUUGCAACGAGAAAAAAUGUUUUCUUCUUCAUGAUGUUAUACGUGAUGUUGAUGCUAUGAGAUGAUCUUCCACAGAUUCGAAGAAUAGUUGUCUUUGUUGUUGUUUUUUGGGUAGUUGACCGUGCCUUGUCGAAGGUCCUGGAUUUAGCUUUGAAUUUCAAAAAAAAAUCCGAGGAACGUUAAAGAUACCGUGCACACCCGCCCCAUCAUCAUCAUUUAUUUCAUCAUGCCGAUGGUUCUCGAUCAGGUUUGGACUUUCUUGUAGUGAUGAUGUACUAGCAGAGCAAUUAGCAAACAUGUGUUAUCAUAAAAAUCUUCCGAGGAACGUUCUUAAAGUUGAUACAGAAGAUGAAAUAUUUAUUUAAUCCACUUUGCCAACCCCUUGCAAACUUAACUCUUUUCCCCUUCCCCCCCCCGUUUCACGGUGGACUUACCCCCAGAAUGGGUAAACUACUACUACAACUACGGCGGGUCGUUCUCGUUGACAGCUCGGCCUUCAUCUCUUGAACCGGGGGAGGGAUAUGAAAGGAAGGGAACCUAUUUCAGGGGGAUCCAGAUCGUCUUGGCCGAAAGAGUCAUCUAAAUACUCAAUACAACGGUUAUUUUCUUGGGGAGGUGCCAGGUUGUGUUAAAAAACAGUUGUUUUCUUUUAAGAAAAAGAUGACUAUCAAAAAUUUCUUCGUUCAGUAUCAUCAAGAACUUGCGUCUCUUAAAUUUUGCAAUCUUCUUUCUGAAAACAGCUUAUAAUGAUCGUGGAAGAUGACGAUCAGUCUGCAUUAUGGGUGCAGGAACUACAACAACGACCGUCUAAUAUGACGUGGUGCAAGUAGUACAAGAGCCUGAAAGAAAAUAGAAAACUCCUCGAAUGGACACGGAGAUUAAUAUGAAUAUAUAAUAACUGUCCUCUAGUACUUGGAAUAAAAGAAAAAGUGUCUACUUGUGCCCUGAAGUAGAUUAUAGUUAGAACUAGAAGAUGUCGACGAGGUGUCGUUCUUCUCAUCUCCUCAUCAUAUGUAUUUUAAUGAUAUCAUGCAGCUGCAGAAGAUGCAUUGCAAAGCAAGUUCAAUUUC